AUGGCCACCUUUGUGCGGUUGCUGGUGUCGCAGGCGGAGCGGGUGGUCUCACGUCUCUUCAAGGCAGAGCGUGGCGAGGGGCCCGGCUCCUUCCUGGAGGCGCCGCGGACGGAGAAGCUGCUGCAGCGGGGCGAGGGGGGCGGGCUGCGCUAUGGGCUGGGCGCCAUGCAGGGCUGGCGGGCACACAUGGAGGACACUCACACGGCUCACCCGCAGCUGCCGGGCGCCCUGGCCCCCUGGGCCUUCUUUGCCGUGUACGACGGGCACGCGGGCGGCACGGUGGCGCAGUUCUGCGCCCGCCAUCUGCUGGGGGAGGUGGUGGUGGGCGAGGCCUUCACAGGGGAGGCGGAGUCACCUGAGGCCGUGAAGGAGGCGGUGCGGGAGGGCUUCCUGCGCAUCGACAGCCGCAUGCAGGCACUGGCCCGCGCCGAGGGGUGGGAGCACGCCGGCUCCACUGCUGUGGCUGUGCUGGUCUCGCCGGGCCACCUCUACUUCAUCAACCUGGGCGACUCGCGGGCCCUGCUGUGCCGGGCUGGCCGCCUCACCUUCUACACGGAGGACCACAAGCCCAGCCGGCCGCGGGAGCGGGAGCGCAUCGAGAACGCCGGCGGCACCGUCCUGCUGCAGCGCGUCAAUGGCUCCUUGGCCGUCUCCCGCGCCCUGGGCGACUUUGACUACAAGGCCGUGGCCUGGCGGGGCCAGACGGAGCAGCUGGUGUCGCCCGAGCCCGAGGUGUACGAGCUGGCGCGCUGCCCCGGCGAGGACGAGUUCCUGGUGCUGGCCUGCGAUGGCGUCUGGGACGCCUUCGACACCGAGGGGCUCUGCGCCUUCGUCCGCUCCCGCCUGCUGCUUGGCGGGGACCCGCAGGCCGUGUGCGAGGAGAUCCUGGACGCUGGGCUCUACAAGGGAAGCCGCGACAACAUGACCUGCAUGGUGGUGUGUUUCCGGGGGGCCCCUGGCACCUCCCAGGCCGCCCUGCAGAAGGAGAGGGAGCUGGACGCCCACCUGGAGAGCCGGGUGGCAGAGCUGUAUGGGGAGCUGCAGGAGCAGGGGGCUGCCAGCCUCGUGGCCAUCUUCCGGUGCCUGGCGACCGAGGUGAACCCCAGCCUGCCCCCCGGCGGGGGUCUGGCCAGCAAAAGGGCCGUGAUCAUGGAGGCCUACGAGCGCCUGCGACGGAGCUAUGAGGCCCAGAUGUCGGGACCCUGUGAGAGCGGCGCCCCCUGCUGA